AUGGACAUCGAAGAAUCUGUUAAGAACAGAAUACCUUGGGAUGGAACUCUCUCUUUAAAUGAUUUUACUCUUUCUGCUGCUACAUUUUCUGACAAGUGGAAAAUGUUUAAUCCAUCCUUUCCUCCAUGUCUCUGGACCACUUGUCCAAAACAUCAUUUGGGUUCUUCUCUUAAGGUGGAAGGAUACUUAUCACUUGAGAAUGUGUGCCUUGUCAAAUCAAGUGAGGUAGAAGAGAGCAAUAGAAGUCUUACAUGGAAAGAAGAAAGCAACCUCUCAGAGGCAGAAGAGCCUUUUGAUGAUGCAACUUUAGUUUGUCCAGAGUAUGAAGUAAACCACUAUGAUUUUCACAUUAUAUACAGUCCUUCAUAUAAAGUUCCGGUGCUGUACUUCCGUUCGUAUCAUAGCGAUGGACAACCUUUGCCCUUCAGUGAAUUUGAAAAGGACCUUCCUGGUCAUUCUGCAGAGUUGCGUCUAGAAUCGAAAUGGACAUUUAUAACCCAAGAGGAACACCCAUAUUUGAAUAGACCAUGGUACAAGCUACAUCCUUGUGGGACUAGUGAAUGGAUGAAAUUACUCCUAUGUCGUGAUACAUCUUUGAAUAAAAACUUCAUUGAACAAUAUUUAGUUUCUUGGUUCUCCGUUGUCGGGCAAGUUGUUGGUCUUAAAACUCCUCUGGGAAUGCUGGAUAAUAUAGUUUCAAAUAAUUCUUAA